AUGGUUCAUCAACUUUUAUCUUCCACCCCUUCAACUUUAUCCCCAGUUUCUUCACGUUGGAAUGCCGGUUUUGAUAAUAGGAGAAUAUGUUAUCGCUUUCCUCGUACUAGGGACAUUGCAAUAUACCUCUCUGGAGGACUGUUUGCAAUAGGGUGGUGGGCUUUUAUUGACGCUUUAGUUUAUAGCAAUCACAACCAAGGUUCUUCCUUUAAAGUUUCGGUUGAAGAAGUCAUGAGCGGUGUUGUAACGACCGUUGGAAUGUUAUUAGUAGCCUUAAUAGAUAAAUCCAUCCUUAGCGAUGAAUUAUAUAUUUACACACAAAGGACGCUCUGGAAAGCGCGCCUACUUUUAUUUUUAGGGUUUACACUUGUGGCCAGCGGUCUAAUCGGCUCGGUGACGGUGUUCGUGAUAAAAUACAUGAAUCUUCAUGAGUCGUCUCGUGGAUACAAUGACAUACAGUUUGAGAUAGCUGUGGUGGUUCAAAAUGUCUGCAUAAUGAUGAGUUCACUGAUCCUUUUAAUUGGUCAAUGUUCGAGUGAUAAUAAAUACGAAAACAUCCUUUAA